CUUCUGCUCAUAACAUAACCUUAAAAGUAGUAAUAUGGAAAGAAAUCUGUAAAUUGUAAACAAAUUAGAAUUGAAGUCAUUGAAGUUAACAUUCGUAACAACUAGUUUUUGUGAAAAAAAAAACGAUGUGAUGAUAAAAAGUACAAACAAUUACUAGAAAUAGUAGUUUAAAACCAAAUUUUAUAGUUUGAUUUAAGUACUUAAUCAAAAAUGGGUAUUCUAGGAUUAAUGACAUAUAUUACUCGACAUUCUGACAUAUACCUCCAAAAUUAUAGUUUACACGACACAUUUUUAGUUAUUGAUGGUAAUAGUGUUGCUUCUCAAUUGUAUUCUCGAGAGGCUAAAGGCAAUUGUUGUUUUGGAGGAGACUAUGACAAGUACGCUUGGUGUGUGUCAAACUUUUUUGACGAGCUAUUAAAGUGCAAUAUAACACCCUUGAUCAUAAUUGAUGGAGGAUCUGAAGACAAAAAAUUGAGUACAAUCUAUAAAAGAACAAAAGACAGAGUUCGUACUGCAUGUGGCAUGACGCCGCAAAAGCAAGCAAGAACUCAGUUAUUUCCUUUACUCUUGAAAGAAGUAUUCAAAAAUACUGUUAAACAAAAAGGCAUCAAAUGUGCUCAAUCUUUGUUCGAAGCAGACGACGACAUAGCAUCGGUAGCAAAAAUUUUAAAUUGUCCUGUGCUGAGUUUUGACUCUGAUUUUUAUAUAUUUGAUGUCAUGUAUAUACCGUUCAAUACUUUAGAUUUUGGUGUAGUCAAAAAUCCAAAUGGGAAUGGAUUUAUGAAAAAUUGCAAAGUGUACAAAAUUGAUAAUUUUUUAAGUCGCUUUCCUGGAAUGGAUAAAACUGUUAUGCCAUUAGCUGCAACGCUUCUAGGUAAUGAUUAUAUCAACAGAAGUACUUUUAAAGAUUUUUUUAGUACUUUACGUCUUUCAAAGACAUCCAAAAGGAGGUACAAUGAGCAGCAGAGAAGAAUAGAAGCAACUUUCAGAUGGUUACAGAAACAAAGUUUGGACAGUGCUAUAGCCAUAGUUUUAAGCAAGUUAGAUCAAAAAAAGCGAAAGCAAAUACUUGAAAUUAUGGAAAUGGUUAUAAAUGGAUAUUUAAUAGCAUCCCCAAGAAUGCUCUAUCCAUUGGGAUUUUCCAAUGAUUAUAUUAAUCAUUUAAUGCGAGGAAUGCCAAAUAAACCAUAUAAAUUCCAGCAAGAUAUUAAUAAUUUGAAGAUAAAAGAGGAACCAAAAGCGGAUGAUGAAUCCGAUUUGAGUUGCAGUGAAGAUGAUUCACCUUCCGAAGAAUUAGAAAUUGUCAAACCAGAGAAUGAAAGUCACUUGUACAGUUUAGCUCCAAAAUGGUUCAUAGAAGAAUUCAAUGCUGCUCACUUUCCAUCAUACUUCAUUGAUAUGCUUACACGACAACUUUAUGUUUGCCCAGUGCAAGUAGAAGAUUUUUCUCAUCCUACAUGCAUUAAUAUUAGUUUAAAAAUACUUCGUGUCAUUUUCAAAUUAUUAAGUGCAGGAACAACUAAUUCAAAUGUUUUAGAAUACGUUGCAAGAAGUAAUGUCACCAAUAUUACUACCUAUAAGCUACAGUGUGAAGAUCAUAUAUUUUUUUGUAAGUUUCCAUCUCUGUCCCAGCUACGUGCCCUUCCACUCAUCAUAAGAAAACAAAUACUAGAUAAUACCCUAGGUAUCAGUGAUAAUUUAUUAAAUGAAUUUCCUCCAGAGUGGAGACUGUAUAUAGCAACAGCCAAGUAUUGGAUAAAUGAAGCAGAUGCACCAUUCAGAACAAAUUGUCAUUUAUAUGCUUUAUUAUUUGUGAUGCUUUAUCAUGUUAUUGAUAGAAAAGCUGGGUUUCAUCGAUCGCAAUCAUACUUUGAACGAAAGUAUGGUCAACAUUUAAAAAUGUUAUACCAACAUAGAAAUAAUACCAUGCUCUACUCUCCAGCACCCAACAUGCCAAUAUUUGAAGCUUUGAAUAGGGUGGAUCCAGAUGAUUGUUUACUAGCUAUACCUUUCUUUUUAUCAAAUUUCAUUAUGGAUGAGAGACUUUUAAUGAAUCCAAAAAAGUUUCAUAUAUCUUCAGUUCAUGGAUUUUCACUCUUUCAAAAUGCUUUGAGACACAGUACUCAUUUGAAUGCUUUACUUGGUUUCCCAUAUCAGCAAACAAAUGUUGCUGAACUUUUCAAUGGCACUUUAAUUUACAAUUUGUAUAAUAACUUGAAAAGUCGACAUGACAUUGAUGUUUAUAUAAGUACUGUUUUACGCAACUCUCCAAGUCUUUUGCAACUAUUCGUUUCCAUUAUGGCAACUAUUCGCUCUAUAUUCACUGAAGCUUUAGAGACCAAGAUUAAUACUGGAAGACGAAAAAAAAAUAGAAACAGGCGGAAAAAUGAUUUACAUUCAGAUGACAAUGUAUUGGAAGAUGAUGAUGAUUUUCAAAAUGAUGUACCAUACUAUGAUGUAAAUAAUCGAUAUGCUGCAUUAAAUACUCAUUUCUAUUAAUGGGAAUAAAAAUGUAACAUUCAUGUUACAUGUUAUUUAAUAAAAAAUAUUUAUAUAAAAA